AUGUCAGGUGCAGGGACUACCUUCCCUUCGACCAGCGCAUACACCUUUGAACUGCCUGAGCACAGAUAUGACGUCGAUCAGCUGGCCAAGAGCGUAGAGGCGGCAUUGGGUAGCAAGGGCAAAGGGGAAGACGGUGAUGCCUCAUCCUCUGCAAACCACUUCCACCUUCAUACAUGUACUAUCGAAAGUUCACUUCAAAUCCCACACGCAGAAGUAUUCUACUGGCACAGAGGGCCACAGCCUAAUCCAGCAUACGAGCUGUACACGUCUCUCCGUUCGAAGCUCACCGACAACUUAGAACCGUACAACACACUAGAUAUUGCUUCAGCGGAUGAUAUAGUAAGACCAAACUACUCACCACCGGCUCACCAUGCACAAUCCGGCCCUUAUUCACAAGGGAUCAAAGUCCACUUACCAGGUACUCACAAGAAAAAGCCUUUAGCCGAAUUGGAAUCUUUACCUAGAUCGGUAAAUAGAGAAUGGAUCCCGUCAUCUACAGCAUGGGACAUGCAAAAUUGGUUACAUGCUUUAUUAUCUUUAGAUCCCAAGUAUGAACCGAUGAGGAAAGGGGGUUAUAGAGAUGACAAGAGAAGAUUCGACUUACAAUCCAAUCUGAAGAUCUGUUGGUUGCCGAAUGAUUCGGAUGACGGUGUGGAAAUCAAGCUCUUGCUCACUAUCAACGUCAUGAUGAAUAUGGAAACUAUAUUUGAACCCCUUCCAGAAAUCGGUCACGAUAUGCUUGGUCUAAUCCUUCAUUCCCUCAUACCCUCUCCGACAGCAAAGAUAUUCCGAAGAGAGUUAGAAUCUCGUGCGGCUGCUUUAAACGACUUCUAUGCUUGUCUCAAGCCUGCACCCGACCUUCCUUUCAACUAUUCGGCAAAUCAACUUCAACCGAAAGAGAUGGUAUCGAAAUUGUUGCCAUUUCAGACUAGAACCGUCAGAUUGCUCUUACAAAGGGAGCUAGGUCUCGAUCAGAAAGGAAAUCAUGAUCCAAUAGGCUUCUGGAAAGGUUACGACUUCGGUCAGAAAGAUGGAAGAGUGGCAUAUAGAAGAUUGACAGGUGAUGUGACGCUGGUCGGUGGACCUGGUCAAGCUACCAAAGUAGAUAGGAAAGGGAAGGGAAGAGCUAUAGAGGCAUCGCCUGAAAGAGGUUCAGAUGACUUGACGCAUGAAGAGGAGAAGGACGUUCCUGCGCUCUUGAAUCUAUCUGGAAUAAGAGGGAUGAUGCUGUGCGAAGAAAUGGGUCUCGGAAAGACUGUAGAAGCAAUCGCUCUUGUCCUCCUCAACCGACAUCCCCUCUCAAAACCUCGUAUUGUCUCAGUUCCAACUCAUUCUCAGCUCUCAGAUUCCCUCACUAUCUCUUCUGAACCGCAUCGAGCAUCGACUAAUAAAAGCAAGGGAGGUAAAUCAAAGAAAAGGGAGAAAGAAGCUACCCCAGAUCCGGUGCCUAUUAUUGAUCUGCUGCAUGGGACCCCUGGGAUGGAAAUUGAGGAGGUCAAAACAUGGGUAGAGGGUGAACAAGCUGCCUUUGCAGAUAGAAAAUCUUGGGAUGAUCAAGCUCAGCUGAACGUCACCGAGGUUGCUACCACGCUCAUUGUCACUCCGCCGUCUCUACUCAAACAAUGGGUAUCCGAAAUGCAACGACAUGCUCCCACUUUACGAGUAUGCGUGUAUGAGGGUUGGAAGUCAUUACAAAAGGGAGUGGAGAAGCAGAGAUCAGCUAGGAUGAAGGCUGCGGAAGCUGAGAAGAAACGAAAGGCUGUCGCAUUCAGAGAUCAAACCAGGAAUAAAUACGCUAGGAAUAAUGCUAGUAGGAGAGUCAAAGUAGAAGUGGAUGUCAAUGGCAAUGACGAAGAGGAAGAAGGAACUCUACAAGUUACCCAAAGACAGUUUGUCGAGUAUGUCAGAGCCCAUGAUAUCGUGGUUACCACCUAUCAGUUUUAUCUCCUAACAUACUGUCCUUUCUCAGUAUCGCAGGACCUCAAGGUAGCUUUACCCGCGCCGCCGAGAAGUAGGCGAUCUACCGCUAACUACAAACCAAAUGAAAGACCUCGAAGUCCACUUGUGAUGGUUGAAUGGUGGCGAGUGAUCAUGGACGAAGUACAGCUUGCGGGCGAUCAAUCAGAUGCAGCCAACAUGGUAUCAUUGAUACCUCGUAAAAACUCUCUGGCUGUUUCGGGUACUCCCGCCAGAGCGGAUAUCAAGGAUCUUAUGGGUUCCCUCAAAUUUCUGCGAGUGCCGCUCAUACCGUAUGAUCAACGAAUAUGGCACCGACUUCAGCAAGCAUCCAUGCGAUCUGCCUUCGAAGGGUUAUUCCGUACAAUCGCAAUCCGUACUACCAAAAAAGAGGUAUCUGGUGAAUUCAAUCUCCCUCAUCAGACCCGAUAUGUCGUUCCUAUCGAAUUAUCAGAGAUCGAAUUGCACUACUACAAUGAUACCCUGGAUCGAUUCAGAGAAAGACUUCGUCUACCUCUCUAUCCGGGAGAACCAAGACCUGAAGAUUGGGUACUAGACCGUCAUCUGUUCAUUGCCUGUUUGAGGAAUCUCAGGCAGAUCUGUACCCACAUCCAAGUUGGUCAGAUGGGUGAGGGAGUCGUUCCAAGAGCAGAGAGGAGAUUGCAUCUCGGUAGAGCUUUGAUGACUAUGAGUGAGGCUUUGGAGAAGAUGAGGAACGAUCAUACGCAAGAGUUCCUGCUUGACACCCGAAAACAAACCCGAGAAAUGAUUAAAAAGGCUCAAUUGCUAAUCCUCGAUGAAAAAGAUGAAGUACGAUAUCUUACGGCUAUCAAUAUAUACGAAAAGGUCAGGACGAUAUUGGACAAGCAGCUCGCGCCCGUUCGAGAACAUCUAAAAGAGCUUCUGGGAGGGCGAGAGGAUACUGCAGAACUCGAUAGGAACAACACGCCAGAAAGCCAUCAAACUCAACAAGAGAAAGAGAAGGCUUUAGCUAUUACUACUGCUAGACAAACAAUCCGAGAAAUUCUCAUUGUCCUGCAUCAAGCCUGGUUCUUCGAAGGCGAUGUCCGACAUAUGCUCAAACAGCAAGAGGAAGAGAUCAAUUGUUAUGCUCAAGCUGAUUCUAUACGAAAAGAAAUCCUCAAACAACCCUUACACAGUGCCAAUCUAUCUGUAGAAUACCUUCAACGCCAGCUCGGUCAGAAAGCAGCUUUGCACGAUGUCGCGGAACUCACGACCGAAGAGACCGAUAAUAGAGGUGGUAUACUGUCUAACGAUACUAUCAACCAACUGAAUGAUCUGCUUGAGAUCAUGAAUGACAAUGCAUAUCUCGUUUUCGAGUGGAGAGCUAAGAUCAUAGCUCUUCUUUCGUCUCCAAUUGAAGGAGAUAGUAUGGAGGAUAGUGCCGAAAACGCGAAAGCAGGACAGAGCACCGAAGUGGAGGAUCCGGAACAGGAAUUCUAUGCCGAAGCUUUGAAAGCACAAGGAGAAGUCGAAGCGUACUUGAUAGCUCAUGCAGCCGCGAUUGCUGAUCGUAGAGAAUUUCUGCUCGAGAAUCGAACUACUUUGGAGGAAUUUGAAGCCAGGCAAAAGAAGCAGAGAACCACUAAAGCAGCUAUGACCGCUGUAGCUGAAAGUACUUUGAAAGAUGUACCUGAUGAGUUGAAAGAACAGACUGCCCUGUUGAUGGCAGAGAGACAAGCGUUCCGUGAUGCUCGAGUUGAGAAGGGUUGUGAGAGACCUCUGAAAGGUUUACUCAUCGAUCUUUAUGGCGUCGCUUCUGGACCAAAUCGACACGAGGAAGUACUCAUCGCGCAGAGGAUGGCUUCAAUGUUGAAGGCUUACAUUGCUAAACAAACUGAAUACGUCGACAAGCUGAACGAGGAAUUGGACUUGUUCCAAGCUACCUUCAACAGACGUGUAAAGUAUUUUGCAGCUCUGCAGGAGAUUUCAGAUUCCGUUACUGCUCCAGAAUACAAAGAUCUGGCUAUGUCUAUUAAUAAACAUAGUGCAGAGAUCGAAAGAUUGGAAGUGAAAUUGGCCAGAAUGGUAGUCAAAGGUCGAUACCUCCAAUAUCUGGGUAAUAAAGAUCGAGAUCAUGAAGAUAUCAGAGAAGACUGCAUAAUCUGCUUUGGAAGUAGUGAUGAUACUCAGGCGGUACUUCUGGAAUGCGGUCAUUAUUUCUGUUCCUCUUGUUACAAGGAAUACAGGAAAUCGCCGAUGGGAAGGAAAUGUCCUUCUUGCAGGAUGGAUAUUGACGGAAAAGAGGUCACAAAGAUCAAACUGAGUUCGCAUAAGAUUGAUACUACUUCCAUGGAUCCGGGCUCAAAAGCCAAAGACGGUGACGAGAUGAAAGUGGAAGCGGAAGUCGGAGCAAGUGCGCAAUUACCCGAAUCUCAAGAUGAGGAAGUAAGCGCGGAGUAUAUAGAAGAAGUUGAACGAGAGAGGAGAAAUGCCGACUUGAGGAGGUUGAAAAUGAUGGAUAUGGAUAAAAUUAGGGAUGUGAGGGGUAUGGAUAUGCUCGGGGAAUAUGGGUCAAAGAUUAACUUCUUGAUCAAACAUUUGUUAUACUUCAGGUCACGAGAACCUGAUGCUCGUCAUGUGAUCUUCUCGAAUUGGUCAGAUAGUUUGAACAUCGUAAUGCAAGCCCUCCGAGCGAACGAUAUCAAAUUCACGUCAUUUGACGAAGGUAAAAAACGAAAAGACGUAGUGGAUAAGUUUCUGAAAGAUAAGAGUAUAAAGGUGUUCUUGCUUCAUGCUGAGAAGGAGAGUUCCGGAUUGACCCUUACGAGUUGCCGAGUGGUUCAUCUCCUCGAACCUGUUUUGAGACAUAGUUUUGAGCUGCAAGCGAUCGGGAGAGUUGAUCGACUCGGCCAAGAUAAGGAAACUUCCGUAUACUGUUAUGCGACGCUCGAAACGGUCGAAUCUCGAAUCCUGUCUCAGGGAGUCCGUAAUGGCACCUCAAUCUACCUCGACGAAGAGAACGCAGAUCAACAUGUCGCUGAUAUGCCCAAUGUCGCUUCGGCAGCGAACAAAGGUGGGGAUGUAGGUGGAGAUGGUAACGAGGAGGAUUUGUUGGGCUUGAUCAUGUGA